CUUCAACUAUCAUCCUCCAACAACAUCACUUUGAUAAAUCCCCUCAAUAAUCAUUCUUUAACUCCAUCAUUAUAAUGUAUCAAGCUUCAGAACAACAUCCCGCAACAUCUGUCGCCGGCCACUGAAAGGCCAACUACGUCUCCCACCAGCUCCCAACUCUCGCUCACGAUGAACCUGCCGGUCAUUCCCCGCGUCUCUACCGGUGAGCUCUCCAAGAAAAAGCGCAAGCCGAUCGCCGCCGUCGGCUCCGACAACAAACCGAAGAAGACGAAGACCCUCCCAGGCCUCUUUCACGAUGCACCUGCCGACCAUCCCCCCGUCUCUACCGGUGAGGCGUCCAAGAAAAAUCGCAAGUCGACCGCCGCCGCCUCCGAAAAUAAAUCAAAGAAGACGAAGACCGCGAACGAUAACGACAAUGCACCUGCGACUCCCGGCCCGAGUACUGCGACUGCCGCACCGAGUACUGCGACUGUCGGAUCGAGUACUGCGACGCCAGGCCCGAGUAAUGAAACCGAAGAGGUCAAGGAGCACACUGGGUGGCCUAUGCUUGCCACCCGGGCCACGGUGCCCCGGCGCCGAGGUGCCCUCACGGCUAUUACGGCCGGUUUUCGCGUCGUCGUUACAAACUCGGACUGUGCCAGGGCGCUCACGCCGCCGGGCGAGAGGAUUAGAGGGUACUACAAGGCGGUAGAGCUGUGGGAGGUCGCAGGACUGUGGCAGGGUGCUCCUACAGCUGGCAAGUCAAUCGACAACGAGGAGACACCGGAAUCUACAGACCCCAGCUACAUGAGCGAUUUCCGUCGCUACCUCAUCCAGCGCGACACGUACAAGGACAAGAUUGGCCUGGCCACAGCGGAGAUUCGACGUUCCCUGGACCCCUCUGCGGACAUCGAGAAGGACUUCGACCGGGUGGCCAAGAUCGACGCCAACGUUGGUCUCUACAAGCUGAACGCUAUCCGCAGGGCCGACGUUGAUAGCGCGGCUGCUUACCACUCUCGAAUUCUGGAGGUAGCUAAAGAGUUGCGCAACGUGGGCACCGUGCUGCCGGAGACGGUUUUAGCGUUCUACAUGGUCCAAGGACUCCCGACGGGUGAUACCAGCUCCAGAUCUUCGAGCGCUUAUAUGCGUGGGACCGUCAUGAUUUAUUUGCAAUGUACCAACACCGAGUUGUCGACCGCCCUCUUUGCGAAGAAGGGUAUGGCCAAGAAGAAGGAUGGAGCUUCCGGGGGAUAUCAGGAUAAAGAUUCUAAGGCCAUCUAG